AAUUAUUAAUUACUUAGAUGGUCACUCAGGAAUAUCACAUUUGGUGUUAGGUGAGAUUUUUCUUUGAUUAGGAUUACAUGUGAAAAAAUAUUUUUUUUAGUACAAAACGACGUCGUGCAUGUUAAAAAAAAUUCUUUUUUCUUUUUUUUUUCCAAAUAAUUUAUUUUCCUCAUGAACCCUAGUGAGGGGUUUUGCCGUGAGUGCAGACCUUUCGCACCGCUUCCAUUCUUUCUCCCUCCCAAUUUCACUUGUAGGCCAAACGCAGCGUUUCGGCAGCAUGAUACGCGGAGGCGAAAACUACGUUUCUUCCGCUCCGGCGUUCUCGAACGACGCAAGCGCCUUCUCGUUUGCAGCGGCUCCACCGUGUCCAUCUUCAGCACCGCCACCGGCUCCCUCGUUUCCUCGCUCGAAGGCCACACCGCCGUCGUGGUGGUCCCCUCCUCCACUGGCCUAAGCUACUGCUGGACCGCUUCCGUCGACGGAACCAUCUGCCACUGGGACUUCUCCGUUCCCGAAUGCGUCAAGAUUAUCGAUCUUUGCUUACCCAUCUUCUCUAUGGUGGUGCCUUCGAUAUUGUCUCCGCGGGAAGAAGACGGCGAAUGUUAUUGCUUACGUGUCUGUUCAAGAUAUAAACGCACCGGACAAUCACCCCAAGCCUCUUUAUGGACAGAUCAGGAAGUGUAAUUUUGUUCUUUCUUUUGGCACAGUGGUGGGGUAUGAGGAAGAUGAAGCGUGAUUAAUUUUGCAUGCUACCAUAAUUGUCCUAUGUAACAAAUGAUGAAAAUUUUAUAUGAAUACAUUCUUGUAAAAUGCAGUACUAAGAUUUUGCAUGCUACCAUUUAUAUGAAUAGUAGGGUGUAAUUUUGUUC